UAUACGGGCUAGUUACGCUACGUUAUUUAUCUGGCCUUGCCUUUUCAUUUGUCCUUGAGCGAUAGGUAAAGCCAAUUUACGGAACUUCGUCUACCUAAUAACCAACUCCACAAGUAAUCACUGAUGGAGUUAAUUUGUUUUGUUAGUCAAAUUUGAUUUUAGAAAAACAUCGAUGGCAUUUCAAUGUCAAUUGUCCGACACUUUCACAGAGGAUUUACGUUCUUCUAAUGUUCCUCGUAGGGCAGACUUCAGACCUUAGUUCAUGAUCUGUUUGUUUGUUCUCAACAUCAUAAGAUAGUCAACAUGAGUGUAAAAUCCCAGUCUUGUGGGUUAACGAGUUCUAAACUCAAAAAAGCAACCGCCUCAAAAAUUUCUGAUGAUGGACUAGAAGAGGAGGUGGAUGAGAAAGGAGUCAUAAAAAGGAAAUCAAGGAAUUUAAGUGAGAAGAAACGAAGAGACCAGUUCAACAUACUUAUCAAUGAGCUAUGUUCUAUGGUUUGCACUGGGAAAAGGAAAAUGGAUAAAUCAACUAUUUUAAAAUCUGCAAUAUCAUUUAUUCGGAAUCAUAAUCAAGUUACAAUGCAGUCACAUUGCCAAGAAUCUGUUCAAGAAGAUUGGAAACCAUCUUUCUUGUCCAAUGAAGAAUUUACACAUUUAAUGCUAGAAGCACUUGAUGAAUUUAUAAUUGUGUUUUCAUCAACUGGGAAGAUUUUGUAUGUGUCUGAAAACAUCACUUGCCUCUUGGGGCACACACCUAGCGAUUUGAUAGGCUCUUCCCUUUCGGAUCUGGUUUGGGAAGAAGAAAGAAUUGUGGUAGAAUCUUUGCUAGGUUCAUGGGGUGCUGAUCAUGAGAGCAGUCAAGUAACGGGGAAUAAGGAAAAUCACAUAAGCUUGAGUUGCCACCUUCGCCGCGGGAAUUUAAGCGACGCUAAUUUCGAGAGUUCCAACUAUGAGCUCGUAUUCUUUUCUGGUUACUACCGCGUUCAAGGAAACCCUGACAUAUCUUCGGUGUCCCGUGUGUCGUCUUCAUGGGGAGAUGAUAGCAAGGAGAGCACGAAUUUCGGCGAUGCAUUGUCUCAGUACAAUGGCUUGGUUUUUGUAGCGAGUGCUCGUUUGCAAACUCCUCAGCUUUCGGUGGAAAUGUCGAUUGUAGACGUUUCCAAGAGUGAAUUUACGUCCAGACACAGCCUAGAAUGGAAAUUUCUAUUCCUCGAUCAUCGAGGGCCUCCAAUCAUAGGUUAUCUUCCUUUUGAAGUACUCGGGACAUCGGGUUACGAUUAUUAUCACGUCGACGAUCUCGAGAAAGUUUCUACUUGUCAUGAAGCUUUGAUGCAAAAGGGUGAAGUUACUUCGUGCUGUUACCGUUUUUUGACGAAAGGCCAACAGUGGAUUUGGUUGCAAACAAAAUACUAUAUCACAUACCAUCAAUGGUAUUCAAAACCAGAAUUUAUAGUAUGCUCACACAGAGUUAUAAGUUACAAUGAAGUUACUGGUCAUCCGCUAAAAAUAGAAAGUGGGGAAUCAUGUGAUCAAGUUCCUGGAACACCGAACACGCCCACAUCUAAACAGCUGAAAUCUGAAUACAAAUCAGGUUUAAGCCACGGGAAAAAUGCGAAAACUGAUGAUAGAAAUGUCCUUCAAGAUGAUAGUAACAGAAAUCAAAAAAGAAAUGUGAUUGCGAAUCAAUCGAAUCGGGAUCGUAUGAAAAAUAACAAGCAGAACUACCACCAUAAUGUGCGACAACAUCAGCCGAACUCCUCUACGAGUGAUACUCAACCACCUGAGAGCCCAAGUGGAGAAUCAGUCAUGCUGAGGCCACCACCCUUGCCUACUACUGAAUCCAUGCCACAACAUUCACGUCAUCCAUCAGGAUCUUCUCGUGUCGGAACUGCUUUAUCAGAUACUGGAUCCAUUUCUAGUUCGGGUUCGUUUCAAUCUGCAGCUUCCAUGCAGUCUGACCAGUCUAUGCAUUCAAUACAUAGUCAUAACUCCAUGCAAUCUGUCCAUGGCCAACAAACUCAGCAAGCAACACCGACUUUUCGUUCAAGUAACCAAUCUUGUUCAGUGCAUAGCUGUGUCAAUACGAAUCAUCAGCACCAAAAUAAGCAACCACAACCUCAAUUUGGUAACCAGCAUAGCUUUACUUCUGCAAAUAAUAUGCAAAUGAGGAAUACAGGUCAACUUGUUUAUACUCAAUCAAGAGGUGGAGAGGUACACUCAAAUCUCUCUCCGUCGACUCCUGUUUCUACAUCUUCAAUAUCAAACACCGGCCAUAGAUUUCUGCAACCGCGCGUUAAUAGUGGAUCUUCUGUGCGGCGUACGUUUCCCUCCGGAACCAGCCCUACACCUGUCCCUACUUCCAAUUCUGCGUCGAGCAGUGGUGCGUCUUUUACUUACCAAUCAGUUUCAAUUGGAAUGGAAGGCUCGGGAGUCGCUUUACCUGUCCAGAGAAUCAUAGAAGGUUUGCCUGUAGUAACUUUACCUGGAAUCGUUGCUCAUGAGCCAAUCAUUAUGACGGCUGGUCAAAGAGAAUUCCAUGAGCGUUUGAGAAUUAAGCAUCUGGAAAUCCAGAAAUCAAUCCUGGCUCAACAAGAAGAAUUACGGCGUGUUGAAACAGAACUUUUGCUAGCACAGUAUGGAGCUUGGGGACCUACAGUUCUUAAGAUGACGGUUCCUUAUGCGGAAACCGACGGAACGGCUUCUGCUACCCAGCCAACUGUUCUGAGUACCGGUGGAUUAGUUACUUGUCUUACUACAGAAAAUUCCAUAUCUUUAGGCCAACCGUCUUCGUCUCAGGUUGGUAAUUCGAGUGCAGGAUCCAUGACAUUUUCUCCUGGAACUCCUAUUCUUGUUCAAAGUCCUCCUGAACUGCAUACCCGUAGUCCAGAAAGAGAUUUUCUCUCACAUGAAAUUCAAAUAUUACUUGCUCAGAGCUUGCUACAAGACAAUCCCACGUCUAUUGAAUACCUUCCAUAACAUUUAGUCUCGUCAGCAUCAGGGCCAAUCAAAAGAUUUCAUUAUUAGUGGUUUCGGGCGUCGGGUUUGAAUUCAUAUAGCGUUGAGCAAUCAGUACCUAUUGACAAUCAUAUGUUUUAGUUCGUUUUCGAAGCGAGGGAAAACAUUUGUGGAAGUUAUACGUCCGACAAACAGAGCGAUACUUAGAAUGGAAUUUUUGAUUUACAGUGCCAUAUUGCUGUACUGUGUUGAAUUUUUUAUAUUGCUUAUAUGUGUGGAUUAACCUACCAAAUUUGUUUCUUUUCAUUUGAAAUGAAAUGUUAGGCAUAAAUUCUUCGUCUGUCUAGGUGUACUAAAUGUUUUUUGAAUAGUAGCGAAGGCAAAGUCUUCACCAUCUACACCUUAAACGUGUGUAUUGCAGCACGUGGGAACAUCACUGUGUCCAUAUUUACAAAUGUGAAAUUUAAGUUACAAAGAUUUUUUAAGACAGAUUCACACAGGAGCUUUAUCAAGAGGAAUCACUUCAUUGAUUUAUGGUAGCCUACAUUUAUCUGUACAUAUUAUAUUGACAAUGAAAGAAUAUAUAUUGAUUGUUCUUAAUU